AUGUGGUCUGGUCUCUCAUCCAGAUGGCAAUUGGCGAUACUUAGUGGUCUUGGAUUUCUUAUCUUCAGUUUACUUCUGUUCUGCUGCUAUUGUUGUUGUCGGCGGAAGCGCAAAAAUUCAGGUUGUUCGUCAUCCAUCAAGAAGAAUGGUUUGCAAAGUUGCAAUGGCUCCAGUGUUGCCAACAGUGGUGUGAAUACAGCUUAUUAUCGGAAGCUGAAUGGAACUUCAACUACAAAUCCGAACAGUGCAGGAUUCGAGCUCUCCUCGUUGAUAGUUGGAGCACCGAACAACAACAGCACAUUCAUGCAACAUCACCAGUCCGGCAGCUAUGCUCAGUACAGUCCGAGACCUUCCACUGAUCCAUCUGUUGAGCCGUAUCAAAUACCUGAAAUACAGUCAUCGCAGCUGCAAAUUGGGGAUCUGAUUGGUGAGGGGCAAUUCGGUGUCGUGCACAGCGGUAACUGGCAUGGAUCGCUUCUUAGUGGAGAACCAAUGCAGAAAGAAAGUCGAUCAAGUAUUGUCGAACAGCACGAUUUUGUUAGCGAUAUCCAGUUGCGAUGCCGAAUUAAGGUAGCAGUGAAAUCACUAAAGGCGGGAAGCAGUUCCAUGGAGAGGCAGAAUUUCGAAGAAGAGAUCCGUACGAUAGCACCGUUCGAUCAUCCGAAUGUAGUACGGUUGCUCGGUGUCUGUUACUUCAGUGCACAACAGCUUAGUGCUGUUUUUGAAUAUAUGGUUCACGGCGAUUUACACGAUUUCUUGCGUUUACGUGCA